CCCAGAUACUGGCUGUGCAGCUUUGCUGGAUCGUUCUAACAAGCUCUUCACUAACAUCAUGCUCUCUGGACUCAGCAGGAUGUUCUUUCUGGGAGUAACAUGUUUACUCAUGAGUUCAGGCUAUACCAGAGCUGAGACCACCGUGUCCCCACAAAGAAAGCCCCCCUGUGACAGCCAGAUCUGCCGCUUGAGCCACGUCCAGAGUGUAACAUGCGAAGGAUUUCAGGCAAACCUGCAGUGUGGUGAAGGGCAGGUUUUAGUCAUCCACGGAGCUAAUUAUGGACGCCGUGACAAAACCACAUGCUCUGCUGGACGUCCGGCCUCUCAGCUCCAAGUUGUCCAGUGCUCAAGUCAGACGAGCACCAAUGUUGUAGCUGAAAGCUGUAAUGGGAAGAACAGCUGUACUAUCUCAGCGAGCAACUCUGUGUUUGGAGACCCCUGUGUGGGCACCUACAAGUAUCUGGAGGUGGAUUAUACUUGUCAGUUCCAGACUGUAACAUGUGAAGAAUCUGAGGCAAACCUUCAGUGUGGGAAAGGGCAGAUUUUAGUCAUUCACAGAGCUGAUUAUGGACGCCAUGACCAAACCACGUGCUCUAACUUACAACCUCACUGUAGGCUCAGAGAUGUCCAGUGCUCAAGUCCAGAGAGCAUUGAAGUAAUAGCUGCAAGCUGUAAUGGGAAAAACAGCUGUAAUAUCUCAGCGAGCAACUCUGUGUUUGGAAACCCCUGUUUUGGCACCUCCAAGUACCUGGAGGUGGAUUAUACUUGUCAGUUCCCGAGUGCAACAUGUGAAGGAUCUGAGGCAAACCUUCAGUGUGAAAAAGGACAGGUUUUAGUCAUCCACGGAGCUAAUUAUGGACGCCGUGACAAAACCACAUGCUCUGCUGGACGUCCGGCCUCUCAGCUCCAAGAUGUCCAGUGCUCAAGUCAGACGAGCACCAGUGUUGCAGCUAAAAGCUGUAAUGGGAAAAACAGCUGUACUAUCUCAGCGAGCAACUCUGUAUUUGGAGACCCCUGUGUUGGCACCUACAAGUACCUGGAGGUGGAUUAUACUUGUCAGUUCCCGAGUGCAACAUGUGAAGGAUCUGAGGCAAACCUUCAGUGUGAAAAAGGACAGGUUUUAGUCAUCCACGGAGCUAAUUAUGGACGCCGUGACAAAACCACAUGCUCUGCUGGACGUCCGGCCUCUCAGCUCCAAGAUGUCCAGUGCUCAAGUCAGACGAGCACCAGUGUUGCAGCUAAAAGCUGUAAUGGGAAAAACAGCUGUACUAUCUCAGCGAGCAACUCUGUAUUUGGAGACCCCUGUGUUGGCACCUACAAGUACCUGGAGGUGGAUUAUACUUGUCAGUUCCCGAGUGCAACAUGUGAAGGAUCUGAGGCAAACCUUCAGUGUGAAAAAGGACAGGUUUUAGUCAUCCACGGAGCUAAUUAUGGACGCCGUGACAAAACCACAUGCUCUGCUGGACGUCCGGCCUCUCAGCUCCAAGAUGUCCAGUGCUCAAGUCAGACGAGCACCAGUGUUGCAGCUAAAAGCUGUAAUGGGAAAAACAGCUGUACUAUCUCAGCGAGCAACUCUGUAUUUGGAGACCCCUGUGUUGGCACCUACAAGUACCUGGAGGUGGAUUAUACUUGUCAGUUCCCGAGUGCAACAUGUGAAGGAUCUGAGGCAAACCUUCAGUGUGAAAAAGGACAGGUUUUAGUCAUCCACGGAGCUAAUUAUGGACGCCGUGACAAAACCACAUGCUCUGCUGGACGUCCGGCCUCUCAGCUCCAAGAUGUCCAGUGCUCAAGUCAGACGAGCACCAGUGUUGCAGCUAAAAGCUGUAAUGGGAAAAACAGCUGUACUAUCUCAGCGAGCAACUCUGUAUUUGGAGACCCCUGUGUUGGCACCUACAAGUACCUGGAGGUGGAUUAUACUUGUCAGUGUAAGUACCUUAAACCAGGGCUGUCCAGCUCCAAACCUCAAGGGCCGGUGUCCUGAAGGUUUUGGACAUCACCCAGGGUCAACACACCCAGUGUAAGUGCCUUAAACAGUAAUGUACAUACAACUCCAAAAUAAUUCUGCUAGCGUCCAAAGCAGUCUCAGGGACCAUCCUCGUUGAUUUCACUGAGUGGGGUCAAACCUCUGUGUCUGAGGCUUUAUAAUGGACAUUCACAUCAUGAUAACCAAUAGGACAGAUUCUUUCUUAUACUAUUUUACUUUUGUACAAAGAGAUUUUGGAGAAUUCGCAGCUAGUACUUCUUGUUCAAAAUGUCAGUGUAUUGUGUUGAGAAGCUAAAGUUGAACUUCGGGCUAAGUUACCCUUUGUAUACC